AUGGUAGGCGUAUUCAAGCGCUCUUUUUCAUUUCCUAAUAAACUUCCUAAUCGCCCGCCAAAACCAUCCCUCUCUCACCACAUCAGAUCCAUCAGUCUUCCUUGCAGAUCACACCCUUUAAUUUCCCAGCUUAGGAAUGGGAUCACUGAGCUCAGAAUUUGGCCUUCCAAAUUUGAUAACCGAACAUUUUCUUGGCUCUGCGAUGGUUUGUCACGUCUUAAAGAGGUUCAUGAUUCCCUUGAUGAUAUUCUCCAGCUCCCUCAAACCCAAGAAUUCCUUCGCUGCCACCCCACUUGGGUUGAUAACCUUCUUGAAGAUUUCCUCCACUUCAUUGAUGUUUAUGGAAUCUUCCAAACAUCGGUUUUGGCUCUCAGAGAAGAGCAUUUUGCUGCCCAGGCAGCUACAAGGAAGAGAGAUGACUCCAAGAUUGUUUUAUACAUUAAAUCCCGCAAGAAAAUGGCUAAAGAGAUGUCUAAACUCGCCUACACAAUUCCAGAUAUCUCAAAAUGCUCAGUUCCUGGAUUCGAUAAAUUGUCUAUUACUGAUGCUGAACUGGUUAGUAUAAUUGAAGAUGUUAUUGAAGUGACAGUAUCAGUUUCAGUAGCAAUUUUCAAUGGAAUCUCAUUGUCUUUUGCUUCAAGGAAAUCCUCAUGGAUGGGAGUGAUGAUGAGAUUGCCUAAGAGGGCAAAGAAAGUCAAGGCAGAGGAAGGAAUUCAAGAAUUGCAAAAAGUCAAUGCAGAGAGCUUGUGGGGGUUGAGAAAGAAAGGAGAAGAGGAGGUGAAAAUGGUUCUGAAUGGGAUGCAAGAUUUAGAAGGGUGUAUUGGUGGCAUAGAAAGUGGAGGCCAGAAAGUGUUUAGGAGUUUGAUUAACAGUAGAGUUUCACUACUCAACGCUCUCACACAGUAG